AUGACCACUGAUGAAAUACACCACUCUCAAGAUGAUGCCUUUAGAGGACUUAUGAAGAAUUUGAAUCUUGACGAUACAAAGUUCAAAUCGUAUGGAUCAAAUUUUGGUCUGAUGACAUUCGCUCAAUUGGUGGCAACCAAAAGUGACAUCGAGAGUCAAUUGUCCACCUUAUUUGAUGUAUUGGCCAACAAUUACCGGGCCGAUAUGAACACCUUGUUGGUUGUGGAUGGGUUCCCAAGAAGCGACAUUGAUGUGGUGGGGAUCAGAUUGGUUCGUGUAAGGAUCAUUCGCUUAAGAAAUGAUCUUAAAAAGGUUCUUGAUUUGAUUGAAGUUCAACUUGCAGAUCAAUUCAAACCAGCUGCCACUGAAGAUAAUCAACAGAGUAAGAGUGCCAAUUCUACAGUGGAGGAAGAUGCUAAUUCCGAACUGCAGGUGCCAUUUUCCACCGUUAAUCUUGUGGUGGAAGGGGGACCUGCUGCAAUUGCGGGAUUGCAAGAAGGUGAUCGUAUUGUACGGUUUCAAAGAGUUACUAAAGAAACUGAUAAUAAGUUGGCACACAUCCUGGUAACUGUACGUAGCAGCGUAGGUAAGCGCGUUGAUGUAGUGGUGGUCAGAGGAGAACAACGCCUUACAUUGGCACUCACACCUACAGACAAUUGGGAAGGUAAGGGACUUCUUGGAUGUCAAUUAAAAAUGGAUUAA